UGCGCGCCGCCUCGACCAACUUCUUCGCACACCACUUCCCGGCGCAUCGUCCAUGUGCCGUGCUAUCGUAAGAUAGACAAAACAGCGAGCGACUUGAGUCUUUGCGCUUGCUGCCAGGGGACGAGAAAGACCAGAGCAGUUAAUACUACCACACCUAUAUACCAAUAACCACACAUCGCGACAACAGAACUCGACCGAGAGUUGAGAUCGUUUCGCGAAGACGCUAUACCGUCUGAAUACACUCGUGUGCGGACCAAGGUAUGUCGAACGAAUCCAGCAAACAAGAUGAUCUCCACACAUCUACGUGUGACAAAGACGGCAGACGGCUGACCUUACCCCAGAUCGCUGUAUGCCCAGCAUCGCAUCCCGCCGACUCGAGUCCAUUCUGUCGCUACCGCUGCAGCUGCCGCGCCUACCCUUCACCAGGACCGCAGACACCAACGCCGACCCCGGCCACGCCUACGAACCGCUGCCCACCAUGGCCGCCGACGACGACACCACCAAGAACCUCAACACCUCGCCAGUGACGACGACGCAAAUCACCGCAGGCCAUGACGAGUCCGAGCUCGUGGGCCAAGGGCUGCACGACAUCGAGGCCCGGAAGGUGCACUGGUGGAGCUACUUCACCACCGUUGACUUCUGGAUCGUCCUCAUCAUCGGCCAGAUCCUUGCUCUGUGCAUCACCUCGACAAACACCUUCACUUCCUUCCUCGCCAACAAUGGAGUCUCAAUCCCGGCCUUCCAAACCGUUUUCAACUACAUCUUGCUGUUCCUCAUCUACUUCCCCGUCACCAUCUACAAGUACGGCUUCAAGAAGUGGGGCAAGAUCGUCCUCCGCGAUGGUUGGAAGUACUUCAUCCUCUCCUUCCUCGAUGUCGAAGGCAACUACUUCACCGUCCUAGCCUACCGCUACACCAACAUCCUCUCAGCCCAGCUCCUCAACUUCUGGGCCAUCGUCGUCGUCAUCAUCCUCUCCUUCUUCCUCCUCCGCGUCCGCUACAAGGUCUUCCAAAUCGUCGGCAUCAUCGUCGCCAUCGGCGGCUGCGGCGUCCUCCUGGCCAGCGACCACAUCACCGGCUCCAACGGCGGACCCGGAAUCGACAUGGUCAAGGGCGACCUCUUCGCCCUCCUCGGCGCGACUCUGUACGGCGUCACCAACGUCGCGGAGGAGUGGUUCGUCAGCCGCCGGCCCGUCUACGAGGUGCUCUCCUUCAUGGGCAUGUGGGGCAUGUGCAUCAACGGCGUCCAGGCCGCCAUCUUUGACCGCGAGUCCUUCCGCGAGGCCACCUGGAACGGCCCCGCCAUCGGCUACCUCCUCGGCUACACGUUCGCGCUCUGCCUCUUCUACAGCUUGGUGCCGUUGCUCCUGCGCAUGGCCAGCGCCGCGUUUUACAACAUUUCGCUGCUGACGGGCAACUUUUGGGGUAUCAUUAUCGGUGUCAACGUCUUUGGCUACUCCAUUCACUGGAUGUAUCCCAUCGCCUUCGUGCUCAUCAUCCUCGGCCAGGUCGCGUACUUCCUCGCGGGCAGCAUGCUGGGCGAUUCCAAGAAGCCGUGGCUGGGUGAUAACCAGGAGAACGGCGUUGCUGGUCUCGGGACAGCCAAGUUGAAGGCCAUCAACGCGGCGCGGAAGAGGCAGAUGGCUGCUGCCGAGCCUCCUGCGUACGCCUGAAAGGGCCGUAAUGGUCAAGACUGUACACGAUUUUGUAGUUUUUUCGAUCGAAGUGGGGGGAAGUAUGAAGGAUUCAUGUUGACUUCUUCAUCCGAGUACUCAGCACAGAA